AUGGAUAUUUUUAGAUUUACCCCCAAUCUUUAUCAAAGUGAUGUAGUUUCUCCGAUAACUUAUCGACUAAUCGGAAUUGCCGGUUUUGACAUGAUAUUAGGAUUCUUGGGAAUAUGGUACAGUGCCAGGGCAGCGGUUGCAAUGUUUUCUCAUCUUACAAUCUUUCGUGCUUUCGUGGGUAAAUCGAACAUGGAUUCAGCUUUGAAAAAUACACAAAGUUCUAGACCUUCUAUGAGCCCUGUAGAUCUUAAUAUACGUACGCCAAUUCCAAUAGAAGAAAGGCGAGAUUCUAAUCACCACGAUAUUGAAAGUGAUUAUUCAUUCAACGCAACUACAACAUCACCUCAGGCCACAGAUCACCCAAAAAGUCACCGAAAUUCAGAAAUUAAUCGUGCAUCCUCCGUUACGAGAAAGGAUGGUUUGCCUAGAAGUAUCAAUGCGCCUGAAGUCCCAGAAACGUCAAAUGUACAAAAUCUUCAUCGUCAGCUUACUAAUAAUAGCAUACGAACAACCAAUGCAGCAAUCGAGACAAAUCGAAAAAGAUAUGCUAUUACUCGAACCGCGGCUAUACGAAUGAUUUUAUUCUCUAUAGUAUUCAUGGUGAUUAAUUCUAUCACCUCAUUACAAACGAUUAUACUCGUCAUAAGUGGUAAAGACUAUGAUAUAGAUCGGAUAAAUGCGGUCGAUUGGGUAGCAUCAGUUCUGGGAAUUUUAGUGUUUUUGGUGUUCGAUGCGUCUCAUGGUAUCCCAGCAGCAAGAUCACGGAAGUCGAAACUAGAAAAAUUCUUGAGGUGGUCUCGACACAAAUCGAGCGCGUCAAGCUCAAGUGGGAUGUCGAUUCAGAGUGAGGUUGUUGCUGAAUUUAACGUUUGGGAAGAUAGCGAUAGUAGCCAAAAAUAG